AUGACGCGGUAAAAAAACAAAAUAUCCUUCAUGCGAAUCUGUUCAUGUAAUCAAGAUUGAGCUUUUGCAUAAUUUUAAUCAACCGCAAAAUCAAUUUCCGCGACAGCUUUCAGUCUCAUAACCUCAACCUCCAAUUAAACGGCUACUUGCAGUCAGGUUCGUCCACAUAAUUCUUACAUUCUUCAUUUCCAAUUAUCAUUUUCUUUUUGCUUCCGUAUUAUUAACUGAUGGAGGGUGUUAUGGCACUGAUGCGGCCAAUGCCUGUAUCCCCCAAGCAAGGGGUUACAUCACCUCGAACCUCUGUCAGAAGAUCAACUCCUUGUAUUUCAACGGAUUUUAGUAAACGAAAUGGUUGUUUGAUUCGAGCUCAACAGCUUGAUUCAACAGAAGCAUCUACUACAGUUCCUCCACCUGUGAGUGAUUCCAAAGACAAUGCCCUACAACUAAAAGAAUGGGAGGUAGGGAAGUUACAAGAGAAAGUAGCUGCUAGCCAAGGGAUAACAAUCAGAAGACGGCCACCAACAGGGCCCCCUCAGCACUAUGUGGGCCCUUUUGAGUUCCGUAUACAAAGUGAAGGCAAUACUCCGCGAAAUAUCUUGGAAGAAAUCAUAUGGCACAAGGACGUGGAACUCGCACAGUGGAAAGAGAGAAAGCCCCUCGUUUCUUUGAAGAAGGCUCUUGAUGUUGCUCCUCCAACUAGGGAUUUCAUUGGUGCUCUAAGAGCAGCUCAACAGAGAACAGGAUUGCCUGGUUUAAUUGCAGAGGUUAAAAAGGCUUCACCAAGUAGAGGUGUUUUGAGAGAAGACUUCAAUCCGGUUGAAAUAGCGAAAGCUUAUGAGAAAGGUGGAGCUGCAUGUCUGAGUGUUCUCACAGAUGAGAAGUUUUUUCAAGGAAGCUAUGAGAAUCUGGCGGCUAUACGUGAUGCUGGAAUUAAGUGUCCCUUGUUAUGCAAAGAGUUCAUAGUGGAAGCUUGGCAACUAUUCUAUGCUAGGACUAAAGGGGCAGAUGCAGUUCUCUUGAUUGCUAGCGUUCUGACUGAUCUUGAUAUCAAGUACAUGACCAAGAUAUGCAAAAUACUGGGUCUAGCAGCACUUGUUGAGGUGCAUACUGAAAGGGAAAUGGACCGUGUGCUUGGAAUAGAAGGGAUUCAACUGGUGGGAAUCAAUAAUCGUGAUCUUGAGACGUUCACUGUUGAUAUUAGUAAUACAAGAAAUCUUCUUGAUGCAAGACGUACAAAAAUCAUCCGUGAAAAGGGCAUUAUUGUGGUUGGUGAGUCUGGACUUUUCACUCCUGCUGAUAUUGCUUAUGUACAAGAUGCUGGGGUCGAAGCGGUCUUGGUUGGUGAAUCCCUGAUAAAACAACCAGAUCCAGCCGAAGGGAUUGCUAAACUUUUUGGUAAAGAUAUUUCUAUAUGAACCACAAGUUACAGAACACCAAUUUGGACAUCAAGCGAAGCUUUUGGUCUGUAAACUCGUCGUACUACACCAUUUUUGCAUUUGUGCUGCUAUUACGUGCUCAAUUCUUUCGAUUACUUGGCCUGUUUGCUCGAAUAGAUGCCAAGCACCCCUUGUAACUUCGACUACACAAAAUGUAUGUAUGUAUGUAUGUAUGUAUGUAUGUAUGUACUUCUAUAUGAGUUUUUAGAUGUUUAACUAGAAGGAAUAGGCUGAUGCAUUGCAUCGAACUCUCUUCAACCUCGAUCAAAUCUUACUUUCAUCAAACUUAUGCUCUGAUUGGUUCGAAGCACAUGAAAACCAGAUUGGAGCCUAAAGGUAUAAGCAGAGCAAUGUCAAAGGCAAAUUUGCAGUA